UCCUGCACAUCUUGGGAAAUUGAAGCAGCUUCUGAGACACUUUCUCAGUUUUUCUCUCCCUCUCUGUGUUUAACUUUCUCUCUCUGUCCUCAGGGAGAUACUUGCAUUAAAUGCAUUAAAAGGCCACUGACAAGACAAGACCUCUGGAUAAGUAAGAGGACAAGACCACUGAGGAGAAUCAGACAAUUCAGGACUUUUAUCUUUUAUCUAUCUACUUUUAUCUUUUUAUCCAACACUGGCUGCAUAUUUGUCCAGAGGAGGAGAGCUGUCACACAAUCAGCAUGCACCGGAAUGUGGCCCUUCAUUAUGUCAGGCUUUGGGUUAUUCUCAGUUUAGCGGACAGUCACCUGACUGAGGAUCAGAAAUCAACCAUCGUGAACAUGCACAACGAAUUACGAUCGAAGGUUCAGCCCAGCGCUGCCUUCAUGCAGCGAGUGGUGUGGGACGAGGAACUACAUUUGGUGGCGGAAACAUAUGCAUCUAAAUGUAUCUGGAAGCACAACCCUGAACUUAUAACCCUUUCUCUGGGAGAAAAUCUCUUUGUCACCACUGGACCAUUUAAUGCAACCAAAGCAAUGCUUGACUGGUUUGGAGAGCAUGUGGAUUAUGGCUAUGAAAAUGAUACCUGUCCUGAAAACAAAAUGUGUGGCCAUUACACUCAGAUGGUGUGGGCAAACACCAAUAAAGUUGGCUGUGCUACUUAUUUAUGUGACACUCUUGAGGGUCUGCCUUUUGAAAAUAGCACUGUGCUUGUCUGCAAUUACUCCCCCCAAGGAAAUGUUGAGGGACAAAGACCAUAUGAGUCUGGAGAACCUUGCUCAGAGUGUCCAGAUAACUUACCAUCAUGUGAGGAGAACAUCUGUGUGGUUGAAAACUUGUUUUCAUCUGUGGAGCCAUUGUCUGAGGACUCGACUAUCGAACAUUCGACUGUCUCACCUGAGGGUCCCCUCGCUAAAAAGGAGCACACCACUCUUCCUGAAGAACUCACAGAGGGACACAGGAGAAUGAAUGACGCAGGUCACCUGACUGAGGAUCAGAAAUCAACCAUCGUGAACAUGCACAACAAAUUCCGAUCGAAGGUUCAGCCCAGCGCUACCUUCAUGCAGAGAGUGGUGUGGGACGAGGAACUACAUUUGGUGGCGGAAACAUAUGCAUCUAAAUGUAUCUGGAAGCACAACCCUGAACUUAUAACCCUUUCUCUGGGAGAAAAUCUCUUUGUCACCACUGGACCAUUUAAUGCAACCAAAGCAAUGCUUGACUGGUUUGGAGAGCAUGUGGAUUAUGGCUAUGAAAAUGAUACCUGUCCUGAAAACAAAAUGUGUGGCCAUUACACUCAGAUGGUGUGGGCAAACACCAAUAAAGUUGGCUGUGCUACUUAUUUAUGUGACACUCUUGAGGGUCUGCCUUUUGAAAAUAGCACUGUGCUUGUCUGCAAUUACUCCCCCCAAGGAAAUGUUGAGGGACAAAGACCAUAUGAGUCAGGAGAACCUUGCUCAGAGUGUCCAGAUAACUUACCAUCAUGUGAGGAGAACAUCUGUGUGAGUGAAAACUUGUUUUCAUCUGUGGAGCCAUUGCCUGAGGACUCGACUAUCUCACCUGAGGAACCCACCACUCUUCCUGAAGAACUCACAGAGGGGCACAGGAGAAUGAAUGACACAGGAUUGGAAAGAUCUAGAUCAGAGAUACAGAGCGCCUCUGCACCUCUGCUGCUGGUCGUCUGGCUGCUGGCAGCUCUUAUUUUGUAGAGUCCAUGCCUCGGCUGGUCUGGCGGCAUGCGGAGGACCAGCAACAUACUAGGUGGGAGGUCAUAAUGUUUUGGCUCAUCAGUGUGUGUGUGUGUGUGUGUGUGUGUGUGUGUGUGUGUGUGUAUAUAUAUAUAUAUAUAUAUAUAUAUAUAUAUAUAUAUAUAUACAUACUGUAUAUAAUCCCUCUGCACCUGACAUUCAAAACACAAUGUUGUUGACACACACUUAAACAUGAAACAAUCAUACAAAGCUUCUUCAAUGUUUAUUCCCAGUUUAAAGAUGAAGUAUGUAUUUUCUGGACCACUUUCGUCACCAAAUGGGAAUAAAACAGACUGUUUUCAAAAAGGUUUCCCCAACACUUUCCCCAUAUACAAUUGGACAAAGUUAGUUUUGCCCCAAACUCACUCCAUUCAGCCAUAUUGUUAUGUCGAGCUGGUUGAGAUGCUCAAACAAAUGAUUAAAGAAUUAAAUGUUUUGACAGCAUCAGAGAGACACUGUAUUUGGGGAAGUAAACCUAAAAAUGGUUUUAACUGCUGUAUAGUUGACAUUAAGCUAGUCACCUUUAAUAUGACUGCACUAAUUUUUUUGUUUGAGAUGACAAAAUGCCAAUAAGAAAAAAUUAUUGUAUUAUAUGAUUUGUUUUGUAACUGCAUUUGCAUAAGCAGCAAAACAACACUAUUGACAAGGGUUUCAAAAAAACAAGGGUUUUUAAAAAGGCUUAAAAGACGAAAUAGAAAACUGAUGGGCUCCUUAACAAGUUUUGGAGGUUUUUGCCUCCAAUAAUACAUUCAUGUGGUUAUGAUUGCGUAUAUUAAUUGACAUUGCUCAUUAAAGACAUUUGGAAGGUUUUUAAAGGGUGGGUGUUCUUCAGUGAUGCACAACAGACCCUGAGAUGAAUUCAUCUGUUUAUGAAAUUCAGUUCUGUAUUUUUGCCUUAUUAUUUUCAUGACUUGAAUUUAUACUGUUUGUGCAUUUGAUGCAGCAGCAUAAUGCUUAUAGAUUGAUCAUAUUAUAGCUUAUAACUGAGUUAAUUUGACAUUUGUAUAAAGCAAGAUCAAUUGUCUCUUUCAACAGUCUGAUAUACAGUAUAAUUACUUUAUGUUUAUUUUUCUAUGUUUACUUUGUAAAUGCCAUUUGUGUUCAUGUGUUCAUGUUGUGAAGGGAAAAACAGGAAUGGAAAAGUGUAAUCGAACUGGAAUGUUUCCCCUCAUAUUCUCCAGGUUUAUUUAAGGAUUUAUUAAUUUGAAUAACUGACCUGAUAGUUUAUAUUUCAUUUUUAUUUCAUGUACUUGUCCCUGUAUUUGUCACUGGCCUAAAUAUAUGAUUAAAUGUCCACUGUUAUCCUUAUUUUGUCUGUCAGAACAUCUAUGUAGGGUGACCUUACGUCCUCUUUUUCGGACCUUAAAAAAGCGUUCGGCCGGGAUUUCUAAAUUUGCGAAAAUGUCCGGGAUUCGACUUUAGUUGCAUUAUGAUGUGCAUCUGGUCUAAUACUUAAUUAUGUGUGUAUGCUUAUUUGCAUUGCUUUAACCCCUCUUUGUAAGUACCGCCUUCUUGCACACCAAUUGGUCGAUUAUAAGAGGCUUGCAGCAACUAUUGGCCAAAUUCCAGUGUGUCAAUCUCUCCGCGAAUGUGUGAAGCGCUGUUGUGUUCGGCAUCAAACUGUUGUUUGACAGUAGCAGCAAAUGACAGCUAAGUCCUUGACAUGGACCAUAUGCCCAAAAUUUAUGAUAAUGGCAAGAUUCUGUGUGAAUCUCAUAUUCAAAUUAAAGAUAUCUUUGAGGCGAUUUACAAAUUGAAACUAAAUAAAUCUCCUGGAAAUUAUGGUCUGACCAUAGAUUUUUAUUAGAAAUAUUCAAAUGAUCUUUCUCCAUUUCUCCUCAGUUUCUUUAGAAAGUCUUCAUAAGGGCACUCUCCCACCCUCUAUGACUCAGGGCAUUAAAAAUUUGAUCUCUAAACCUCAAACCUCAAAAGGACCAUGCACAAGAAGAAAAUUGGCGACCUAUAAGCCUCCUAAGUACAGACUACAAAAUAUUAGCCAUCAUUUUUGCUAAAAAGUUUAAAAGUGUUCUAGAUUAUAUAAUUGAUGAAUAUCAGUCAGGUUUCAUGAGAGAAAGACUUAUUUCAAACAAUGUUAGUCUUAUUAUUGAUACUUUAGAUUACUCAGAUUUGAUCCCUGAUGACAGUUUCUUGCUUUUUAUAAAGCUUUUGAUUCUGUUGAGUUCCCUUUUAUUCUCAAGCCCUGAAUAUUUCUGGUUUUGGCCCCAAUUUUAUUAGUGCAAUUCAAACUUUGUAUAAUAACAUCAAUGCUUCAAUCAAAUUACAACACGAUACUACCCAUAAGUUUAAUUUAGUUUAAUUAAGAGAGAUAUCUGUCAAGGCUGUACAAUCUCACCAUAUCUUUUUCUGCUUCCGAUGCAAUUAUUAGCCACCCACAUUCAUAAUAGUCAUUUGAAAGUUAUCUCUGUGGCAAUAUUAAUACACAACUCUAUUUUUGAAAAAUAAAGUUCAAGUUUUUUUAGCUUUAGACAUACUUAUUUUUUUUUCAUCUACUUCUGGUUUAGAUCUUAAUAUCCACAAAUGUGAACUUUAUUCGGUAAAACAUUCCACUGAUGUUAAUAUUUGUGACAUCCCAGUCAAAUCUGAAGUAAAAUACUUAGGUAUAAUUAAUUAUAUGUAAAGAUCAGAAAAAGAGAUCAGAACUUAAAUGUGUACAUCUUAUUAAACUCCUGAUUGCAGCAUGAUCUGUCCAAAGCAGAUGGAUUAUCUUGGGUUAUCUAUCCCGCAGUGGCACUGGAUGUACCUGUGGAGAUUUGUGGAAAAUUGGACAAAAUUAUAGUAGUUAUUUGGAAUUCUAAAACCCAGUUAAUAAAUAAAGUGUUAUGAUAGCUGAUCGGGCUAUGGGGGGGUUUGAGUUAGUGGACUUUUCCACUCGUCCUUUGGAAUGUCAUUCCAAAUCAUAUUUUCAGUUCAGUUUAAACUAUGACAUCUCUAAAAUACCUUUAACUUUAUCUUGUUUUCAUAAACAAUAAUAUAACAAUUAUAUAAAUUAUAGUGUUUCUCCACAAAGUUAUUUUAUCUGGAACAACAAAAAUAUUAGAUAUAAAAAUAUAUUAAAACAAAUAUAAAAAAUAUAUAUAUAUUUUUUACGACAAACAUUUUUGUUAUUUCUAAGAAGAUAACAACUUUGUAAUCUCUAUUAAAAUUAUACAUAAUUGCUACCCAGUACACUAUAAACUUUUUU